AUGGAUAUUUCAAAAAUUGGAAAUAAUACAUAUGCAUUAUAUCGUAAAUAUAAGGUAAUGCUUCCAAGUGGAAUAAAUUGGUUUGCACCAUUUCCAGGAUACGACAACGAUUUACCAAAAGAAGUUGAAGCUAUAGUUUCAAUAACACCAUUUGAUUACUCAAAUAUAAUUGAUAAUGUUAAUUUAAUUAUCAAAACAAAUGACAUAAAGAAAAGAAAAGUUAUUCUUUAUUUAAUAAUUUCAUUAGUUAUUGGUUGUUUAGUACCAAUUUUAAAAUAUGCACCAUGGUAUAUUUUAAUGAUCACUUGUAUCAUUGUAUAUUCUUCAAUAUUUAUUUUAAUUACAAAAUUAAUAUUAUCAAUUAAUAAUAUGAAAAAUGAAGUGGAUCAAAAGAUUAAAGAAUUUAAUUCAAAAUAUUUUGAAACACUUGGAAUAAAGUUUACGUUUAAAACUAAAAAAAAUACAACAAGACAUUAUCCAUAUAAAUUGAGAUUAUUAUACCCACUCUCUCAACAACAAUUAGAAUUAAUUAGACAAUUCCAAAAUAUUGAUAAACAAUAUAAAGCAGAUGCAUUGGACCAAAUAAUUAAUGUUAAACCACAUAAAUUACAACAAAAAAAUCAACCACAAAAACAACAACAACCAUCAUCAUCACCAUCUUCAAAACAAAAUGAAAAUCAUCAACAACAACAAAUAAUUGAUAUCGGAUUUGAUAAUGAUUUUGGAGAUUAUGAUGAUAAUUAUGAUGAUAAUUCAUCACUUUUACAAAAAUAA